CCUGCAGACACUAGGCGGCCCUAGGGAGCGUCAGCCGGGGGAAGAGUGUCUGUGUAACACUGCGGGCUGAGCAGAGGGCGUGGGAUGGGACGGGUGUCGGUAUAGGAGCUCUAGGGAGGGACGGAUAUCGCUGUGACACUGCGGGGGAUGCUCUGAGGGGACGGGUGUCGGUGUGGCACCAGUGCUCGCUGAAGGAGCCGGCGGAACGGGGUGGUCAUGGGGAUGUGGGCGUCGCUGGACGCGGUGUGGGAGAUGUCGGCCGAGAGGCGUAUCUUCGGGGCCGUGUUGCUCUUCUCCUGGACAGUGUAUCUCUGGGAGACCUUCCUAGCACGGCGGCAGAGACGGAUAUAUAAAACAACAACUCAUGUACCACUGGAGUUAGGACAGAUCAUGGAUUCAGAAACAUUUGAGAAAUCUCGACUGUAUCAGCUGGAUAAAAGUACUUUCAGCUUCUGGUCAGGACUCUAUUCAGAGGUUGAAGGCACUCUUAUUCUUCUCUUUGGAGGAAUCCCUUAUCUCUGGAGACUCUCUGGGCGGUUCUGUGGCUAUGCUGGCUUUGGACCAGAAUAUGAGAUCACUCAGUCCUUGGUGUUUCUGCUGUUGGCUACACUUUUCAGUGCAUUGACUGGUUUGCCGUGGAGUCUUUAUAAUACUUUUGUGAUAGAAGAAAAACAUGGUUUCAAUCAGCAGACUUUGGGGUUCUUCAUGAAAGAUGCAAUCAAGAAGUUUAUUGUGACUCAGUGCAUUUUAUUACCUGUGUCUUCACUUCUACUUUACAUUAUUAAAAUUGGGGGAGACUAUUUUUUUAUUUAUGCCUGGCUGUUCACACUAGUUGUGUCUCUGGUGCUUGUCACCAUCUAUGCUGAUUACAUUGCCCCUUUAUUUGACAAAUUCACACCUCUUCCUGAGGGAAAGCUUAAACAAGAAAUUGAAAUCAUGGCAAAGAGUAUUGACUUCCCUUUGACUAAGGUGUAUGUUGUUCAAGGAUCUAAACGCUCUUCCCACAGCAAUGCUUAUUUUUAUGGCUUCUUCAAGAACAAGCGAAUAGUUUUGUUUGACACUCUACUAGAAGAGUAUUCUGUACUAAACAAAGACAUCCAGGAGGAGUCUGGCAUGGAACCCUGCAAUGAUGGAGAAGGGGACAGUGAAGAAAUAAAAGCUGAAGUUAAAAAUAAGAAACAAGGAUGUAAAAAUGAGGAAGUGCUUGCUGUGCUAGGCCAUGAACUGGGGCACUGGAAGUUGGGACACACAGUCAAAAAUAUCAUUAUUAGCCAGAUGAAUUCUUUCCUGUGUUUUUUCUUGUUUGCUGUAUUAAUUGGUCGAAAGGAGCUUUUUGUUGCAUUUGGUUUUUAUGACAGCCAACCCACUCUAAUUGGACUAUUGAUCAUCUUCCAGUUUAUUUUUUCACCUUACAAUGAGGUUCUUUCUUUUUGCCUAACAGUCCUAAGCCGCAGAUUUGAAUUUCAAGCUGAUGCGUUUGCCAAGAAACUUGGGAAGGCUAAAGACUUAUAUUCUGCUUUAAUCAAACUAAACAAAGAUAACUUGGGUUUCCCUGUUUCUGACUGGUUGUUCUCUAUGUGGCAUUAUUCUCAUCCUCCGCUACUAGAGAGACUCCAGGCUUUGAAAAAUUCAAAACAAGACUGAGUUGCCCAGGGUCUGCAACUGAAGACGUUUCUGAUGAUUUCUGUCCUGGCAGCAUGUUCUGGCUCUUGAUGUUUUUAAACUUUUUUUUUUUUUAAGAAAAAUUAUUAAGUAUGGAAAAGCCAAGAUUUAAAUACAUUUAAUAUCUCAUUUCAAAAAUGAUUUUAAUAAUCCAUUUCUUAAAGAAAACACUGGAUGAAAUUUUGAGGCUUAAUGUUUUUAAAGGCUUAGUUUUAUCUUUAAAAUCUAGUUUACCGUCAACUUGUAAAAUCACUUGAGAAAAUACAGAACUUGUUUUAUUUACAUGCUUAUAUGGAACCUGCAUAUAAGGUGUCUGGGGGCAUAUGUUUAAAAGGGAACACACCUCUGAAUCCUCUCUGUAAGACAGAAACAGUGGUCCUGAAUCACUGUGCUCAUACCUAAGUUGAGACUUAUUUUUACUUUCAUGCUGUUAUGAUUUAAGCUGGCCAAUCAAUGUUUUAAAUAAGGAAGAAAGCUAAUAAUUGGUAAGGCUGAUGUUUUGUAAAUGAAAGUAGUUAGAAAUAUGCUCUCUCCUGUUCUAUCAAAUUUCUCUGUUCCCUCUCUUGCUAUACACUGUUCAGGAGUUUCUAAUAAUGCUUUGAAAUUAGGAAUUAUGUACAGAAUGUUUUAAAUCACUGGGUUUUGUUUUUGUUUUUAAGAAAGUCUUUCUCUUUCUUUCCACCUGGUGGGUAUGAUCCCAUUAGGGGUAAACGAGUAUUUUUCUAAACAUUCAGCUUUUUCUCAUUCAUACUCUUGUAUUCAAUAAAUAGUGCAUCCUUUUACUUAGCAAAAAUUGCCAUGUUGAACAGGCUUUGCUAUUUUAAAAGUGGGAGAAUGUGGAAAGAAGAAGAAAUGACAUUUUAAGAGAUGUAAGAUUGAAAUACUGAUGAUUCUCUUAUGAUGUUACAGGGAAAAAAUAUAAUUUUCUAUCUCUUUCAAGGACAGAAGAGUUUUCGUUUUUAUUUUUCUAAUUUUUGUCAGUAAGUCUUAAGUGCUAUUUAAUCAGGCCUGAUUCCAUUUUAGAAAAUUAUAGUUCUUGAUAUGCUGACAAGUUUUAUUUUCAAAACAAAUGUCAUGAAAGAUUUCCAGUUUUUGAAGCUGCAUGUUUGACUGAUUCAAAUCUCUGUCCACUUUCUGAAUGAGACCCAACUUUGUGCCUAGAGCUCCCACCCGCUGGUGAUGUGUACCUUCUGGGCAUUUAUUCCAAAGUGGGAUCAACUGUGCGGGCUUGGUAUCUGGCCAGAAAGUCUUUUGCUCAGCUGAUAUUUGGGUGAUGUCUUUACAUGGAAAUAUAAUAAAAAUAAACAUCUAGUUUAGUACCGUAUUAUUUAUUUUCCUAAGGCUGAAGAGGAACAGUGCUAUGAUUUGAUCCAGCAUCUUUCAUCUGUGAAUUCAUGCUGUGAUAACUGCCUUUCCUUCCUUCCGUGCCUUUAAAUACAAAUUUCAGCUCUGCACAAGUGAAACAUUAAAAAUUGCCAGUGCAUGUUGAUGUUCUUUGUCUUUAAUUUGACAAAAUUUGUCUGUCAUUUGUUACCUAGUAGAUAUAUGUUUAUUACCCUAGAGGAACCAAGUGCUAGUACUGGGUUGGCCAAAAAGUGCCUUCGGUUUUUAAGUAAAAAUAAAAGACACAUUUUUCAUUUUCA